AUGGUCGCAUCCAACUUGCUUACGCUCCUUUCAUUAUGUGCCGCGGUGAUGGCUGUCACCUAUGACAGUACCACCACGGUUACUACCACUCCUUAUACCACCAUUACUACUACGGUUGGUUUAAUUGAAGAGAUAUAUGAGACUGCUUAUAUCUAUACCAAUUCCGACAGUAAGCUCACCACUGACUAUGUGACGGGUCUGACUGUUUUCAGGGUGGCCACCGGAACUCCUACGUCUGUGGGACAAGCUACUUCGGUUACUUCACCAAUUGUUGCAAGCUCACCAGUAGAGUCUCUGGAGACUCCAGUUCCAGCCACAGAGGCUCCGACCUCUGUAGAGAGCUCGUCAAGCUCAGUGGUGUCAAGCCCAGUGUCAAGCCCAGUGGUGUCAAGCCCAGUGGUGUCGAGCCCAGCUGUGUCGAGCCCAGUGUCGAGCCCAGUCUCUUCUGGCCCACUUACGUUGGCUCCUGCCUCGGCCUUGCCAUCUUCGAGCAGCGUGGCUGAGAGUUCCAGCGAGACGCUGUCUUCAGCUGUUGCGGAGCAGACUAGCUCAGAAGCGGCUUCAACUUUGGUUUCGAUUGAGAGCGCAGCCCCCUCUUCUGUUGCUUCUACAGUUGCUUCUGCUGAUUCUACCAGUUCUUCAGUCGCUUCUUCAGUUGCUGCUUCUGCUUCUUCUGCAGCUUCUUCUGCUUCGUCUGUUGCUUCGUCUGCUUCUUCUGCAGCUUCUUCUGCUUCGUCUGCUUCUGCUGCUUCGACUUCGUCUUCAGCAGCAUCUUCAGCAGCACCAGCAGUGUCCACCAUUCCAUUUUCCGUGCCUCCCGGCGAGUACUCCACCUCCACCACCCGCACCCUCACCACCUUGGAAGACGGAGCCACCGCUGUGCUCCAGCUUGUUGUUUUGUAUACCAGUGACUGUUAA